GCUGAGGAAAUUAGAAGGAAAGAAGGUUUGAAUCAAAUUAUAUUGUAUUAGUUUUUUAAAAGUGUGGGACGAAAUAUAAAUGUCCGUCUUGAUGCAGCACGGACAAAGCAUAUGAAUGAUGAAUUCAUGAAGGAUAUGAAACGUGCUAUGAUGGAGAGUAUGUUAGAAGGGGUCUUGAAUAAGAGGAAGAAAAUGGAUGUUGUGGACAAUGUUGAGCAGGAGACGUUGGAAGAUUCGUCAGAGGAGAGUGGGUCUCCAGUGGAAGUCGUCAAAAAGACUAGGCAUGAGAAACGCAAGGAGGGGAUGGUGAACUACAAAGAAUGGGUUGUGAGACCGUAUGAGGAUUAUCCGACAAUGUUCACGAGGACCACUUCUUGUGUGUUUGUGAAAGCCGUGGAACAGAUGAACGAGCAACAAAAGUAAGCAGUGGCGACUUUGGGCUUUGACCAUUUAC